CUGGACUUGGAAUCAAUUGGGCCCUCCGCAUGUUGACAGACACUGGAAUGAGCCCCGAUGCCUUGCCGGUGUGCGCCGCACCCGCUAAUUGCUACCGAUAGGGUCUUGUAAGGUAGCAAGCUUAGCUACUUAGCUACUCCGGACUUGGAACACCUCCUGUUCACACACUCGUCUCAUACUCCCUCGUGCCAUUAUCCCUCCUCUCUUCCCUCUUCCCUCUUCCCUCUCCCCUCUUCCCUCUCCCCUCUCCCCUCUCCGAGAGGUUCCCUCGUGAUAGAACUGAACAGUUGGACAAUUUCGGGCCUGGCCACGCAUGCCCUUACUUCGCCCGACUUUACGAAACAUCCUAACCUCCGGCUGUCCUAGUCGCUUACUCGGCUCGUCCUGGCCGGCGUCAUCAUCAUCACAUCGUCCAUCGCCGAUAUUACGACCCCUUCACACCUCGUCGAGUGUCAAGAUGCCCGUACACCACCUUAUGGUUGGCACCUGGACACCUCCAGGGGCUAUCUUCACCGUUGCCUUCGACGAUGAGAAGCUUACUCUGACCCUCGUCAAGCGUACUGAGAUAGCUCACGACGAAGCCAUAUCCUGGAUGAGCUUUGACCAUGCCAAGAAGAACAUCUACGGCGCCGCCAUGAAGAAAUGGUCAAGCUACGCUGUCAGGAGCCCGACUGAGAUUGUCCACGAAGCCUCUCAUCCUAUGACCCAUGAUCCCCGGGCGUCCUCCUCCGAGACGAACACGCGCGCCAUCUUCCUCCUCGCCGCCCGCCAACCCCCUUACGCCGUCUACGCGAACCCCUUCUAUAACCAUGCAGGCGCCGGCACCGUCUUCCCCGUGACCGAGACUGGCGCCCUCGCCCCCGAGCCCGUCCAACACUUUUCCCUCGACCCCCACUCUGGUAUCCACGGUUCCGUCUUCGACCCGACCGAGACGUACCUGUACUCCGCCGACCUCCGCGCCAACAAGCUCUGGACGCACCGCAAGGACCCCACCACCGGCGCCCUCGAGCUCGUAGGCUCCGUCGACGCCCCCGACCCCCGCGACCACCCCCGCUGGGUCGCCAUGCACCCGUCCGGCAACUACCUCUACGCCCUGAUGGAGGCCGGCAACCGCCUGUGCCUCUACCUCGUCGACCCCAUCUCCAAGCUGCCCGUCUACACCCACCGCUCCUACCCGCUCAUCCCCCCCGGCAUCCCCGACCGCUGGACCAUGUACCGCGCCGACGUCUGCGAGCUGUCCCACUCGGGCCGCUACCUCUUCGCCACCAGCCGCGCCAACAGUUUCGACCUGACGGGCUACAUCGCCGCCUUCCGCCUGGCUGACAACGGCGACAUUGAGAAGCAGAUCUGCCUGAACCCUACCCCGACUAGUGGCGGCCACAGCAACGCCGUAGCCCCUUGCGAUUGGAGCGACGAGUGGGUCGCCAUCACGGACGACCAGGAGGGUUGGAUCGAGGUUUACCGCUGGCAAGAUGAAUUCCUCGCCCGCGUGGCACGUCUGAGGAUCCCCGAACCCGGAUUUGGUAUGAAUGCCAUCUGGUACGAUUAGGCGGGAGCGAGAAAAAAAAAGGAAGAGAAGAGAAGAAAAAGACGAAACGAAAAAGUAAAGGAACGGCAAAAAAUAAAAAAAAUAAAGAAAAAAAGAAAAGGAAAGGGCCGACAAGACUUGGAUAUAUUCACCAAGGCGCCGUCCGUGGCACGACUCAUCUUGUAUCCAUCCCCACCCGCCAAGAAACCGCAUAUGACAGGCAGUUGGAAAGUGGGAAAAAAAAAAAAACAAGGAUAAAAGAGGAAUCCAAGAUGGCACAUGGAUAGAUGAGGCUAAAACAUGAACUGCUUUGGAAUUAAAAGAUACCAUAGUACAGGCGGUGCGUAACACGCACGCAUACAUUCGCAAUC